AGACAGAUUUUUCAUCUUUGUUUCUGCUUUUUCUUCUUCAUCCCAACCCAAUUUUCUUCCCCUUUAAUUCUCCGUUGCUUUCUGCUCAAAAGGGUAUUCCUAGAUUUUUCCGCGACGUGUCGGUUCUCCGAUUUCCGCCGGUUCUGAUCGAACUUCGUUUUGAUAAUUGAUUGUGAGAGAGAGAGAACAAGAAGAAAGGAGAUUGGAACACCGUCGUUUAUGGGAAAUUAGGGUGUUGAGUUGAACCUCUCUGGUGCUGGGGUGUUAAUUUAAUUGCUUAAUUAUGGGGUUGGGGAUUAACGAUGGUGAUGAUUUGGUAGGUGACGAUGGGGAUGGCGGUGGUGCUGAUUGUGGAAAUGGGGGCAAGUUUUUCUGUUCGGUUUCUUGUUCGAUUUGCCUUGAGACGGUCGCCGAUAAUGGGGAUCGAUCUUGGGCCAAGCUUCAAUGUGGUCACCAAUUUCAUCUGGACUGCAUUGGUUCAGCAUUCAAUGUAAAGGGUGCUAUGCAAUGCCCUAAUUGUAGGAAAGUUGAAAAAGGCCAAUGGCUUUAUGCCAGUGGUAGCCGUUCAUUUCCAGAAUUCAGCAUUGAUGAUUGGGCGCAUGAUGAGGACCUUUAUGAUCUGAAUUACUCUGAAAUGUCCUUUGGUGUUCAGUGGUGUCCAUUUGGUAGCUUAACGAGACUGCCUUCAUCUUUCGAGGAGGGUGAGUUUUCAUCAACUGCAUAUCAUGAUUUAGUAGGACAUCCUGCUAUCUUCGCUGAACAUUCGGCAGUAUCAUCUGCAUCUCAUCCAUGUCCUUACAUAGCUUACUUUGGACCCAUCCAUCCCUCAACCUCAAAUUCCAGUGGCAGUGUUCAGGAUAGUUCUAAUUUUAACGGUCAUUGGAAUGGUCCAUCAGUACCAAGUGAGAUACCAACAUCGUAUGCCGUUCCUGCAAUGGAUCUGCAUUAUCAUAGUUGGGAGCAUCGUUCUACUCCUUUCUCUACAUCUAGUAGUCGCAUAGGUAAUGCCGAUCAGCCUGCGAUGCCAGCUGUGGGUCAAAGGUCAACAAGGACAAGUUCUGAUAUACUGAGAUCAGGAGCUUUUAUGCAUCCAUUUAUAGUUGGUCACAGUUCUAGUGCAAGAGCAGGAACUUCAGUUACUUCCUCCAUGAUCCCCCCAUACCCUGGCAGCAAUGCUCGGGCCCAUGACAGAGUUCAAGCUCUCCAAGCAUACUAUCAACAGCAACAGCCUAGCAGUUCACCACCCAUACGUACACCCAUUAUCUCUGGGGCCCGAAGGUCCAACAGUCAUAGAGGUAUGGCUCAAGUAGGGCCAGUAGCCUCUACAUCAGAGCAGGCAAGUGGCAUCUACUUCGUCCCAUCAGGUACAUCGGGUCGCAACUUCCAAGAGGUGGAAAGUCCUCUGUCGACUCGUUCCCAUGCACGGGAGAGAGAUCCCUUGUCUACAUUUUCAUUAAACCCAGUUGACAGAGAACCAGGCUGGAGUUUUCAUCAAGUUGCCACUGUGUCUGAUCCUGGCAAUGGCAUCAGGCCGGGCAACUUCCGUCAAAGGCAUGGAUCCGAGAGGACGUCAUCACAUAAUCGGUCGUGAACUUUUCUUUCUUUAUGCCCCUUUGGUGAAGCAAAAACACUACAGAUACUAUGAAUGAAACUGAAGGUUGUGUAUGCUUGAGAAACGAUAUAUAAUGCUUCAGUAUGUGAAAUGCUGGCAGACUGAAAAAUACUCCUAAGGUGGCCCCAAAACAUUCUUCUUGAAAGCCACAGGGCAGUGUGAUGGACUUGGCUUCCUAUGGUUUCUUUGCCUUUAUGAGGAUAUUAAAAUAAAAUUGGGAAAAAAAAAAAAAGAAAAAAAGAAGAAAAACUUGUUGAAUGGUUAGAGAAAGUCAAACUUACUUUAAUCCUUUCCUUUUCCUUUGGCAUUGUCGGUUGCCUCUUUUUCCUUCCUUCUUUUUUUAUUAUUUGCAAAUAGAAAGAAAAAGCUAAUUUACUUUUACCUUUCAUCUUCCCCGGUACCACACUGCAUCAGUGUCGACUUUUUCCUUCCAUUUUUGCCUUGCUUUACCGCCGGCUGCUGCUCCUUUUUUUUUAUUCACCAAACAGCUUCCUCCAUAUUUACAUACCUUUUAACCUUUAAACUUCUUCCAGUCACUGCCGACUUCUUUCUUUCAUUUUUUUUUAUUUGCAAAUAGAAAGGAAAAGCCAAUUUACUUUUACCUUUCAUCUUCCCUGGUAUCGCAUCACUGUAUCAUUGCC